CAGGAAACUUUGCUGGCUAUAACUGUGGUGACUGCAAAUUUGGCUGGACCGGCCCCAACUGCAACGUGAGGAAGCCACCAGUUGUCAGGAAGGAUGUCCACUCCCUGACGGCAGAGGAAAGAGAGCAGUUCUUCGAUGCUCUAGACCGUGCGAAGACAACCAUUCACCCAGACUAUGUAAUUGCAACUCAGCACUGGUUAAGUCUGCUUGGCCCCACCGGAGAGGAACCGCAAAUUGCCAACUGUAGUAUUUAUAACUACUUCGUUUGGCUCCAUUACUACUCAGUCAGAGACACGCUAUUAGGACCUGGCCGUCCCUUCACAGGUAUCGAUUUCUCCCAUCAAGGACCUGCCUUUGUUACUUGGCAUAGGUACCAUUUGCUGCUGCUGGAGAGAGACUUGCAGCGACUGAUGGGCAACGACUCCUUCGCGCUGCCCUACUGGAACUUCGCCACGGGUAGAAACGAGUGCGACGUCUGCACGGACCAGCUCUUCGGAGCAUCGUGGCCAGAUGACCCGGGGCUGAUCAGCUUGAGCUCCAGGUUCUCCCAGUGGCAAAUAGUUUGCAACAGCUUGGAUGACUACAACCGCCUGGUCACACUGUGCAACGGGAGUGAUGAAGGGCCACUGCGGCGGAGGCCGCCCGGGGGGUCCAGCGAGCAGCUGCCCACCGCAGAGGACGUCAGGAGGUGCCUUUCCCUGCAGGAGUUCGAUAGCCCCCCCUUUUUCCGCAAUUCCAGUUUCAGUUUCAGGAAUGCGCUGGAGGGCUUUGAUAAACCAGGUGGAGCCCUUAAUUCACCAAUGCUGAGCCUUCAUAAUUUGGCUUUUUUCAGCGUUCUCCCUCAUGCAGCCGCCAAUGAUCCCAUCUUUGUGGUUCUUCACUCCUUUACCGAUGCCAUCUUUGACGAGUGGAUGAAGCGGUUUAACCCCCCUGACAACGCCUGGCCGGAGGAGCUGGCCCCCAUCGGCCACAACAGACUGUAUAACAUGGUCCCUUUUUUCCCUCCUGUGACCAACGACGAGCUCUUCCAAACGGCGGAGCAGCUUGGCUACACCUAUGCCAUUGACCUGCCAGGUUCACUUGAAGAAACCCAAGUGUGGGCUGUCAUGGUUGGAUCCACAGUUGGAGGAGCACUUACAGCUCUGGCCACGCUGGUUCUGCUGCUUGUACUUUUCCAGCACCGAAGGCAGAGAAGAGGCUUUGAACCACUGAUGAAUGUGAGCUUCAGCCCCAAAAAGUACAUGGAAGAGGCGUAAUGCCCUCACUUUGUUUCUUUGCUUAUUCUCGUAGGAAAUGAUUGCUUUGUUGAGAUCUUAGCUGAGAGUUUAUCACACGCUCCUUUGGCAGCUGACUACAUUGUUCUCAUUUGGGUUUUCCUGUUAUCUUGUGAAUUGUAAUAUAUGAAGUCUCUGGGUACAUCUGUGCAAGGCCCAAGACAGGCCAGACUUUUCUUAUUACCAACCAUCAUCUGGAGUGUGUGACACUUGUAAGUCAUCCUCUAUAGAUUUAGGCAGCUGAGAAUCCAAAUAGAAGAAAAUCAACUUGAAUAACCAAGAUAAUUUUUGCCUCAGUGUGUUUUUUAUUUCAUUUAGCAGCUCUAAGAUAUGCUGAAAGUUAUUAACUCUACAUAUAUAUUUGAACAACAUAGUAUUUUACAGUUAUCAAUAAAUAUUCUGAAUAA